AUGUGUGACCAGCCAGAAACUAACACCAAGGAGGCCAAGUGGCAGAAGGUCUUGUAUGAGCGACAGCCCUUCCCUGAUAAUUAUGUGGAUUGGAGGUUUCUGGAAGAGCUUCGGAAAAACAUCUACGCCCGUAAAUACCAAUACUGGGCUGUCGUGUUUGAGUCCAGCGUGGUGAUUCAGCAGUUGUGCAGUGUGUGUGUGUUUGUGGUUAUCUGGUGGUAUAUGGACGAAGGUCUGCUGGCCCCUCAGUGGCUUUUUGGGACCGGCCUAGCUUCCUCACUGAUUGGGUAUGUUUUGUUUGAUCUCAUUGAUGGAGGUGAAGGGCGCAAAAAGAGUGGGCGGACCCGGUGGGCCGACCUGAAGAGUGUGCUGGUUUUCAUCACUUUUACAUAUGGCUUCUCACCAGUGCUGAAGACCCUGACAGAGCCAGUCAGCACUGACACCAUCUACGCCAUGUCGGUCUUCAUGCUGCUAGGCCACCUCAUCUUCUUCGACUAUGGUGCCAACGCUGCCAUUGUAUCCAGCACACUGUCCUUGAACAUGGCCAUCUUUGCGUCUGUCUGCCUGGCCUCGCGCCUGCCCCAGUCCUUACAUGCCUUCAUCGUGGUGACAUUUGCCAUCCAGAUCUUUGCUCUGUGGCCCAUGCUACAAAAGAAGCUAAAGGCACGGACUCCUCGCAGCUACGUGGGAGUCACGCUGCUUUUUGCGUUUUCUGCUUUAGGAGGCCUGCUGUCCAUUAGUGGUGUGGGAGCCACACUAUUCGCCCUUCUGCUUAUUUCCAUCUCGUGCCUCUGCUGUUUCUACCUCAUUCGCCUGCAGCUUUCUAAAAAAAACAAAAACAUUCAUGGGCCUUGGGAUGAAGCAGAAAUCAAAGAAGAUUUAUCCAGGUUCCUCAGCUAA